GUCGCCACCGCCGCCGCAGCCGUCGCCGCCAAAACUCUGGCGAAUCGGCGCCACUUCACUGGCGCGACGACCGGCUUCAGUGAAGCCUCCAACUCAGACCUCAGGUCUAUGGGGCACAACGAUCCGCAGAUCACCACACGACCUUUCGAUCAGAGUAGCUGUCCUUCGUAAUGACCGAGAACUUUCCCUGAAUUUGCUCCGUCUCUCUGCGCGCUAAUCGUCUUUUCUUCUUUUGAGUGUAUAUAUAUACAUAUACGUAUACGUAUACGUAUAUAUAUAUAUAUAUAUAUAUGUAUAUAUGUUUCCUGAGUAUUAGUAAUUAGUGUAAGAUAUAUUGACAUAGGACAUUGACCUCACACUGCGCUACGGUGUGUACACGACGUGACACAGUGACAAGUGCUGUUACGGCGACGACGACGACACCGCAGGCUCUCGUUUAGAUGUGGCGAUAGUGGUCAGAUGCAGAGCCUAAGGCAGAAAAAUGCUUCAAUUGGAUAGGACAAGAUAGUCCUGUAUUUAGCAGAAACAUACGUUGGUUUGCUGUUAAUGGGUCUUCUUGUAUUUGUCAGUAGCCACCAAGACGCUCCUACAUCGUGACACUUUCGGGGAUGUAAAAUCGUUUCGCAAAAGCUGACCGCUAUAAUUUGUGCUGAUUUUAUAUUCAUCGAUCACACAUAGGAAUUAACAUCGUGGCUCCUCUCUGGUUUCUAUGGGUUUCGAUCUUGGCCACCUUGAAGCCAAACCACUACACGGACAGCCAAGCAGAACCGCUAAAUUGACUGUACGGAAUAGCUAGUCUGUCCGCUAUAUCACAGCAACUGCUCCAAACUGUCGAUCUACUAAUAAUACUAAUGUUAUUAUGAUAAUUGUUUUCGCAGUGACGCUAGUGGUCACUAGCCGUUGUGACCGAUGAAUUUAUGGCGAUCGUCGGUUUCUUAAAAGCCCUCGUCGUCGACCCACAGUAGCUCGUCGCCAACCGGCGGGUGUUGGGCAUCAAAAGGAAUAUGAUCGCCCGGGACGGGAUCGCUGUCUGCUUCACCAGCAGCGGUGAGUAGCGGCGCCAGAAGCAGCACCGGCAACAGCUGCGCUGGCGAUCACUCUGAUGAAGCGUCUUCGUGAUCCACCAUUUAGUUAAUCGCGAUCAGCAGGUGUUAUUAUUGCUAUUGCUGCUGCUGUCGUUGUUGGAGUACAUUUUUAGUAGCAACAGCAGCGAAAGGGUGCGGGUGAGACCGAGAGAGAGAGAGCGAGCACGCCCGAAGCAGGGGCCGCGGGCGGGAAACCCAAAACGAGGCGAGACUUGGACGCAACUGCUAGGAAUAACGUUUCUCAACUCUCGCUGCACUUCCACGACACUGAGUGACUGACCGGCUGGAGGUAUGUGGACGAAUAAGCUCCCCCGUUACUGCCACUAGCGCCGCCGCCGCCGCCGCCCCCAACAGGGUCAAAUCACUCGACAGCACAGUAGACCCGUAGACAUCCACCAUGGACACCCGUCGGCGGCGACUCUAUAUAGCCCACUACGAGCACUAGCGAACAGACAACACUGUGACAAGAGUUCGACUAUAGGGUCCUCGACGCCUUUCGCCCACUUGUGGUCAUUUGUAGAUUUAGGAGCGUCUUCCUGUCCUCGACGUAUUCCUUUCUAUCCACACUCGGUCUCUUUCGCUGCGUUUUUCGUUACGAAAGAUUUCGCGUUGCUGCUUUUGAGAGCAGUGCUGCCGCCGCCGCCGUCGUCGCCGUUGCCGCCGCUGCUGCGACGAGCAAUAAUGUUGCUGUUGUUUCGCCUAUUAGCGCCCCCACAUCCACUUUGCUUUGAAAGGGGUGGGGAGAGGGCACUAGGUCGGGGUGUUGUUUUUCCGGUGUUACUGCCGCCGUUGGCGUAGUAGUAAGCGGCCCUUGCGGCUUGUCCUGCUUCGGUUCUUCCGUUGAGUGGGAGACAAUCUCGCUCGAUCAGCUCGCACAACUCCGUGCAAUAGCACUUCACUUCACACAACAACAAACACUUGUGUAUACACUAUGAUACGAUCUAGGACCAAUGCUGAGCGAAGAUAGGUAGGUAGGUAGGCACAUCACGUAGAUUUUCAACUCUUUACCGUUGCUGUUGCUGCUGCUGCUGAUGAUGAUGAUGAUGAUGCCACAACUCACUCCUGUUCAUCGUUGUCGUCGUCGUCGCUGUUCAGCGCCGCCGCAAAAGCAAACUCACCCCCGCUAGCAGUAGUCGCUACUGAGCGAACUAACGGCGACAGGCGGACGGAUGACACGCCGCAGCACCGUCGGAACAACAGCUCAACAACAGAGAGUCAACGCCGCGGUCUCACACAGUCUUCGACAAGAGCGGGCGGCUAGGCAACAUCAUCACUGGCAGCGGGUCGACAUAGCCAUCAGCAGCGGGUUGUGAUUGUUGUUAUCAUCGAGCAGUAGCGAGAGUAGUAGUCGUAGCACUGAUGGAAACAGCCGCGUAACUACGACGACGGCGAAUGUCUUGCGGCAGAUGGCGGGAAGGUAGCACAGCUAGAAGAACGCUGCUUCCGCUGCCGCUGCCUCAGCCAUUCCUUGUUGUUCCGAUCGCUGCCGCUGCAGCCUGGGGUCGCAAUAGUGGCGGUGGUGCUCGGCCAGCAACAACACAGACGAACUCAUCAUCAGCAGUAGCAAUAGCAGCAUCACGUUAGCAACAACAUUUGCAGCGCACGCACUCUUCGCUGUCGCUGCCAGCGCUCAAAUUACGCUACCACUUCAACUUCACCGCUAAUACAAAUAUAGACAAUUGUGGCUACGGGAAGAGAGCUAGAGUUGUUUUUAAUGUUCUUGUUGUUUGUUGUUGCUGUUGUUGGUGUUGUCGCUGUCGUUGUCGUCAGCAGUUUCGUUGUCCUUUUCUUCGUCGUCGUCGUCACUGGAAGUGUGGCGCCGGCAGCGGCGACAAGAAGCAAACAAAGGCGAGUUGAAUAGAAAAUAGCACUGCGACACGAACGAUCUCCUUGUCAGUCAGCCGUUGGAUGAACAAGCUCAGCGACGUUCAUUAGCAAGCGAUUACCGGCAGACGCACAGAUUUAUGCACAUAGACGUUACGUAUUCGUACACAGAAGUAUGGUUUCGACUCGAGGCUCCAACGUACGGCCCCCACUAUUACCGACGAAUCAAUAGACAAAAAUGAACUCACCGCCAAAGCGACGGCGGCAGCCAUCCACCAUCGAGGCAGCGAGCACCCACAACAGCAGCAACACCAGGACACAACGACCAUCAACCAACACCGCCACCUACCAUUAUCGCCGGUGUCGCCACCGCAGCCGCUACAAGCAAUCAUAAGCGGAGAAGGAGCUGCUCGACCAGAGAGAGCCGGGUAACUGCCGAAUGCCGCCGACAACUCACUCUCCCAAUCGCUCGCUCUACUAUUACAAUACCUAUUGCUAUUACUCGCGCUCCUGCAGACUAUAUUGAUAAGGCCGCUGGUGCCAUCAAUAGCUGCAGCCGCAUCAACAAGAGCAUCCGAGCGGAAAGAGACAGGAACUUCUGCAGCUCUCUAUUCCAGCGGUAGCAGAAGCACUCGAAGCGGCGAAGCCGACAACCAUCCGAUUAGUGGAGAGGACGAUGAAGAAGACAAACUACCUACCAGAACAACAAUAACAACAUAAUGAACAGGGCUGUGAAGGGGCGCGAGGGACAGGAUUUUGGCAAGGCGCAGUCAGACAGACGAACAGACAGACUGCCGAAAAAGCUUGACAGCAGACGAUGUUGCUGCGUAUGCGGACACUGCUUCGGAGAGAAGGUACCGCUCAUCUGGAGCGUACGAGCUUCGAUACGUUCUUUCUCGAACAAUGCCAGGCCUCAAUUUAUUUUGUCCUUAGGUUUUUAUCGCCCAAGGCAGAACAAGUUUACUUUCACAUAAUCGAAGCAGAAUACAUUCUUGUUUCUGUCACGUAGAUUAUUUUUCUCCCUUUCCCUUUCUCCAUAAUUCUACAUGGCGAUAAUCGGUAUUUAGAAUUUGAUCAGAAGAAUAAGUAUUUAAAAUGGCUUAAAAGGCUGUUCAUUUAUUAUUGCAGACUAGUAUGAGGCUUUCGAUCUGUCUGGUCGUUGGGACGAUAAUUGUUAAUAAUAAUUAAUAUUUUAUGACAAUUUGAGCCGCCACGCUUAUUUGAAAGAAAUGCCUGAAAAAGAGCUGUCGAUGCGCACACUACAAGUUUGCGACAAUUUGUUGCUCAAUUUGGUAGUAGUAUAAGAGUUUUUCGAAUAAAAAAAAAUUUAGGCGACGUGUUUGUAUAAAAGAAAUCUAUAAAGUUUAAUUCGAAAUUGAACAUCCGAUUCGUACGUACUCACAGGUAACGUGUGAAGUGAGUUUAGAUUUGAAAAAAGCGAAAGUACCGAGUCAACAGCAUCGACCAUAACGCACGAAAAUGGUUACCCGUGAGGGCAAGGAUUUACUCAAGAACACGAUUCAGUCGGUCGGCUUUCACAACAAGGUGCUCGAGGAACAAGAAAUGUGGAAACAGUGGGAACUGGAGCGGGGACUGACGAUGAUGGUGAGCGACGAUCAUAUUCGAAAAAGAAUAGCUGCCCGUGACGAAGCACGGUCACAUUGCGUUGACCGAAGCAAUCGUCAUUGCGACAAACAAGACACACGCGAGAAGGCGAAAAAUCGAAAGAGACAUAGAAGUCCCAAAAACUCGGUUGGCAACGGUCGAACUAUGGGAAAAACUACAGUUGCCCCUGAGGAUCGUUGGGAUCAUAGCGGAUUUUACGAGCUUGAGUAUGGAAACCACACAUAUGACCAGCGAAAAUCUGAUAAUCAGAGAGCGCCUUGGUCAUCUUCUGAAAGCAAUCAAAGCAUUAGCCAGCCGAUUAAAUACGGACCCAGGCCGCCUCCAUGUCUUCAUACGAAUCCGCAACGUGAAAGAAAACGCAGAAGAAAGAGAAAGCAAAUGCAAUCUCCGAUUCCGUCAUCGUCCACCUCCUCGUACCAGUCAGAUGACAUCGAACAUAACUUGUCUUCCGAUUCAGAAUGCUCGUCUUCUUCUUCAUCCGAGGAUGGUGGUCGAAGGCCCAAGUGCCGACGCUAUGGGCGGUCACGACGAGAAUAUAGGGUCUAUUCUGGCACGAAGCAUCGGCUUGAGCACCGUGGCGAAACGUAUGGGCAGUGCUUAAAGAUUCGGCAAGCACAAAAUCGACGAGCAAGGAGGCGUAAAGAACGACGAAGUACCACCUACUCAAGCAGUUCGGAGAGCGAAAAUACGAGCAAAAGCGAAGCUAGCGGAAGCGAGGACAGCAGUUCAACCGAAUUGUCCAAUAGUGAUGAAUCCUGUUCAUCCGUAGAGAAUGACGACCAAUCGGUUACACGAGGUGAUUCGCACCAUCGUGAUCGACAACGACGUCAGCACUCACCGAUAAAAAGCAGACACCACUCAAAGCGAAGCCGACAUAAAAGAAAAGAGAAGCGCAGAAAUAGGAACAAAAAAAAGAGUCACUUCCAAAAGCACCACUAGCUUGAAGUGACAUUUGGUUGAAGUGCCAUAGAAUGAAGGAUGUUUAUAAUAUGUAAAAAUAUACAUAAUGCGCCUGUUGUGACCUUUUUGGUCUUAAGAAGCCAUUUUUUAGGCUGGUGUAAAACAUGUUUUAGCCAAGCAAGAUAUGAUCGACUGCACGUAAUCCAUGGGUAGAUAGAUUCGCAUAAGCGUGACACAUGAGCACCGGUAUGUUUACGAUAUGAGUUACCUAACUUUUGGUGGUAUCCGAUGUACAAAGUUAAUAAAAUGACAACGUAUAAAUCGCUUUAUACGGUUGAACCCAAUGCAUGUUAAGCAUCGUCUUCUGAAGAUGAGAUGUGCGUUCAUUGUCCUGAAUGCACAAUUAGCAUUAAUAACUACAGCAAUAGCGGAUCAAUUGAUCAAGACUUGUUAGUUAGAUCAAAUAUUGUGCCGUUACUCCAAAACGGGAGUAACAAAAACAUAUUUCUCUACUGCUUUAUUGAAGACAAGGGUAGCUUUAAAUAUUAGCUACUUCAUAUUUACACAUACAGGUUUUCAGUCAGCUAGUUAAUAUUUAAUACAUACACGCACUGCGUAAGUUCUACUUAAAAUUUAGUGUUCACCUUUAUUUCUUUGUUUCAUUAUUAAAUAAUAUCUCACACAUUUGCUCUCUUGUUCACCUCCCAUCGUUUUUCAUGAUCCUGCUUCAUUUCCUAUAAUAUAUGAUUUACGUAGACACACUUUAGCGAAAUUGUAUAUAUGAAAAUCCUUCAUUGUUUUUUUUAGUUCAUCUUUACAAAAAGUGUGUAACUUUUCAACAAAACCCGAACAAUUAUUAUCCGGUUGUUCAUAGCGUACAAAUAUGAAUCUACAGUUUGCACUGACGCUUAUAUCGAGGCAAAAAUUAGUAAUAAAGGAUUAGUAGUAAAUUACUUUCAAAACAGGCCUUGAAAAUAACUUUCGCUGAAUGCAAAUCCAUAUCAUAUCGAAAAAACGCUUUUUCAAUUACUACUGUCACUUCAACCCUUCUAUCUCUGUACAGGUCAACGGUUUUAUCGUAACAGCUCCUUCAAUCAUUAUCAAUUAACAAAUGUGAAUAGCACUCGUUCUCCCUCCCUCUUCUCCCAUUCAGCCCGCGUAUAGAAAAGGCGUUAUCUUUGAGACAGAUCGUUGUUGGCUAUGCUGUGUAGCGAGCAGUUUGUGUCGCUGGACGAAGCCACGGCAAAAUUUAGUUUACCAAACGGGCAUCGCAUAUUAGCGUCGUUAUCAGCGUCGGCGAUGUUCUACCGCCAAUGUUAAGAGGUUUUUGUGUCAACCUUCGCUCUUUCGCUCAGCAAUGCCAUGAAAUCGUACGUCACACUAUCCCUCACUGUUCCAAUUUUCCAUAAUUUUUGUCGGUUCUAAUCCCGCCGCCAGGGUCUUCUAAUGAAUUUUAGUUCUCUGUGCGAUCUAUUAGAGCUACUUUUUUUUUUAAGUUUUUACGCCCUCAUUGUAAGAUCUACUAUGAGAACGAGACCAUAUAUUUGAUUUUCUUUUCUAACAUGUAUCCCUAGCGCAAGUUUGAGGAAUAAGAGUUCUAAAAUCUUUCGGGAAAGUGUUUUCGAGAACGCAUAGUCCCUCCAUGUUCUCCAAAAUAAAAAAAAAAA